AUGACUUCCAAGGACUCGAAGACGUUGAAGACACUAUCGGCAAGGCUUAGAGGACUUCGCACCACGUUUGGUAAUAUCCGACGGUUUGUUAACGAAUUCAAGGAGGGAACAACUGUCAGUCAGAUCAAUGUUCGUAUAGCGCGUCUCGAUGAAUUAUGGCAGUCUAUUAACGAAACUUGCUGGGAGUUGCAAGCACAAGAGGAUUUUGAGGAAAGUGAAGCCUUUCUCAAGGAUCAAGCCGACUUCGAGUCCAACUUCUACGAUGUGAAAUCGUUUCUCCUAGACAAGCUGGCAACAUUGAAUGCCAGUGGUAUUCAAAACCAAUCUUUACGAGGGGAUGAAUCUUCGGUGCACGGUGUGAUGGAGCAUGUUCGUCUACCACAGAUAAAACUGCAAUCUUUCGACGGAAAUAUUGAUGAAUGGCUGAGCUUCAGGGACAUGUAUACUUCCUUGAUUCACCACAAAACUGAUCUUCCCCCAGUUGAGAAAUUGCACUAUCUCAAGGGCUGUUUGAGCGGUGAGGCGAAGGCUCUGCUUGAUCCACUAAAGAUCACAGGAGCCAAUUACCAAAUUGCAUGGGACAUUUUGCUCAAACGUUACAAUAAUAGUAAGCUUUUGAGGAAACGACAAGUGCAGGUCUUAUUGAAACUCCCUUCUCUUGCGAAGGAGUCCGUCGGUGAGCUACAAAGAUUGGUGGAAGGAUUCGACAGGGCUGUUCAGAAUCUAGAUCAAGUAGUUGCAGUUGCCGAAUACAAGGAUUUACUGUUGGUGGAACUGCUGAUUUCUCGUUUAGAUUCCACAACCCGGCGUGGUUGGGAGGAAUGUUCGUCCGCUAAGGAUAAGGACACUGUGAAGGAUCUGCUUGAAUUUCUCCAUCGUCGAAUUCAGAUGCUGGAAGCAUUGCCGCCGAAGCCAGAUCUGAGACGUGACACAGUAUCGCAGGAAAAACGAAAACCAAUCUAUCAAAGAGCGAGUCACAAUGCGGUGCAAUACGACAGUGCAAAAUGCCCAGCCUGUUCGGAAAUUCACGGAUUGCACAUCUGUUCUGUUUUUCUGAAGAUGCCGAUAUCCAACAGAGAAUCUUUUCUGCGCAGUCAUUCUCUUUGUCGCAACUGUCUGAAGGGAGGUCACAUCGCUAGAGAAUGCUCUUCGAGAUACAGCUGUAGAAAAUGCAAGUCAAGGCAUCAUACGGUUAUGUGUUUCAAGGCAGAAGGACGAAGUUCGAACCAUAGCUCAUCUGACACUGGAACAUCGAAUGAGGGCGCUAAGCGGAAUUCACCCGUUCCAGCUCAACAGUCGUCAACCUCGAGGGCAACUGGAUCUGUUUCCUCUAAUAUGGCCAAGGUUAAGUCCUCCCAGAUUCUCCUGGCAACUGCAGUUGUUAUAGUUGAAGACAAUUAUGGAUCACGCUAUCCUGCUCGCGCUCUGCUCGACUCUGGCUCGGAAUGUAAUUUCAUUUCCGAAAGUCUAAGCAGGUUGAUGAAGGUCUCUAGCCAGAAAGUGGACAUCUCGAUCCAAGGUGUCGGUCAAACCAACACGAGAGUCACACGCAAGAUAGCUGCUACAAUCAAGUCCAGAAUAUCAGACUACUCAAGGUCUAUGGAGUUCCUGGUUCUCCCGAGUGUUACAGCUAGUUUGCCUACAGCUACAGUGCAGACUAAUGGAUGGAAUUUACCACAAGAAAUUGAACUGGCAGAUCCGGAGUUCUUUCGCUCUAGAAAGGUUGAUGCUGUACUCGGAAUUCAAGCGUUCUUCAGCUUCUUUCAGUCCGGGAAUGAGAUUGAUUUGGGUAGCAAUUUACCUACACUUACUGAAUCAGUAUUUGGGUGGAUUGUGUCGGGAGAAACUUGUACGCCAGCAGAGAGUGCAAGAUUUUCAUGCAACAUCGCUGUAUCGGACAACUUGGUGGAAAUAUUGUCACGAUUUUGGUCCUGCGAAGAUGUAGGUGCUGUGAACAACCUUUCUCCUGAGGAAAUGCGCUGUGAAGAACAAUUUGGGCGUACAGUACGAAGGGAAAUAGGUGGUCGCUAUACUGUAACACUGCCCAAAAACGAGCAAAUCAUUCAACAGCUAGGGGAAUCGAAGGAAAUUGCAGAGAAACGCCUUCAAAGUGUAGAACGACGAUUAUCGAGGAACAUAGAUCUUCAAAGGCAGUAUUUUGAUUUUAUGGCUGAGUAUUUGGAACUAGGCCAUAUGAGAAAGGUAGCUGAAGUAAGCAAAGAGGCAGUCAAGCGAGUAUAUCUACCACAUCAUCCCGUAAUUAAGGACUCAAGCACCACCACGAAGGUCAGGGUUGUGUUUGAUGCGUCUUGCAAGACAACAACAGGCAUCUCGCUAAAUGAUGCGUUGUUUGCGGGGCCUACAGUGCAGCAAGAUCUUCGGUCUAUCGUCAUACGAAGUCGAUUCCGACAGGUCAUGGUGGUUGCAGAUGUUGAAAAGAUGUUUCGACAAAUUUGGGUUGACAAGCAAGACACACCUCUACAGUGUGUUCUCUGGUUUGGACCAGAGAAGGAAGUUGCGUCAUACGAACUACUAACGGUCACCUAUGGCACGAAAUCAGCACCCUACCUGGCUACUCGUGCGCUAAAGCAGUUAGCCGAAGACGAACAAGAGCGGUAUCCUUUGGCUGCGAAAGCUAUCGACGAAGAUGUCUACAUGGAUGAUGUAAUUUCCGGAGCGGAUGACGUAGAUACUGCAAUAAAGCUACGAGACCAGUUUGAUUCUAUGCUGCUAAGUGGAGGAUUUCGAUUGAGAAAAUGGGCAUCGAACCGGGAAGAAGUUUUGAAGGGUAUUCCAUACCAAGACUUGGCGCUACCGGUUAUGGAUGGAAUAAAUUGGGACCAGGAUGCAGAGGUCAAAACCUUAGGGCUGAAUUGGCUUCCUAAUGUCGAUUGCUUUAGAUUCCAGUUCGAUAUUCCUCGAUUGAAUGGCGAUCAACAUUAUACGAAACGAAACGUGUUGAGUAUUAUCGCCAAACUGUUCGAUCCUUUGGGGUUGUUAGGCGCGACUAUCACGACUGCGAAGGUCUUCAUGCAGCGCCUUUGGACUCUAGAGAAUGAUAAGGAUCAGAAGAUAGGCUGGGACGACCGACUUCCGCAAAGGAUGGCUGAGGAAUGCUUACGGAGCUACGGUUUUUGUGAGGAGCGAAGGGCAAGAUGGCAAGGUUACCGUCCACCUACUGACAUCGAAAUCGAAGGUUGCUCCACUGGCAGUUCAAUCACUACCUCGCUUGGAAUUGUGUGGAGCGCUUCUUUCAGCACAACUUUGGGAAAGAGUCUCAAAAGCUACAAACAUGGGUUUAAACGUCCACUUUUGGACCGAUUCAACGUGCGUGCUGCAGUGGAUUAA